AUGUCUAUAGAGCUGACGUUGGACGCUUCAAUCUCCUUCGGGCGACGGCAAUCAACUCGCUUGUGGUCAAACUCGGCUCGCUCCGAUGUGCACGAGCAAGAAAAAUAUGAUUUCCUCGCUCUUAUCAUUGCAAUUGCAAACCUAUAUUCCCAGAACGAUAUUCUCGAGAUGCAAGGUCGACAAGAUACAGCUUACUCGUCGUCAAACGGUCAGAAUCGAAGUUGUUUCAUCCAGACGGCUGAUGCAAUGAUAAAGCAGCCAUCAGGAGCUUUAUUUCAGAAAUUCAGAUACUCAGUCACAGAAGCCUCCGACAACAUCCCAAUAUUGUUAAGAUCCUUGGAGUCCACUGGGAUUAUCGGCAUACCUUCAUUACUAGAUACUGAUCCUUUCGGGGUCUUGCUAGGGAUACCCAGAGCCCUUGAUCCUCCUAGAGAAAGCAAAUAUGGAUUUGAGAAAGUUUCAAGCCAAAAAGCGAUUGCUCUCAAUAUUGCCUGUGGUUUAUCCGCCAUUCAUGAAUGUGGUGUCAUUCAUGGCGACUUAAAGCCGGCAAAUGUCCUCAUUUUUUUCAAGCCAGUGCUGCACGCAAAGAUAGCAGAUUUUAGCCACUCAUUUCUCGACACUGGGGAGCAACGCCAACUGAUCGGCGGCACACGUAUCUACGCGGCCCCAGAAUGGCAGGCCUCAGCUUCUACUGGCCAGCUGCGUAAGGUUGAUAUAUAUUCACUAGGUCUAGUUCUCAGUGGCCUGGUUCUAGGCACAGAUCUGAUUGACUGUUUUGAACGAAACCCACCAAGGCUGAAUUUGAAUCUUUCCCUUGCAGACAGUAUCCAGAAGGUAAAGGACGAUGAUCUCAUGGUGACCUACCUCUACGAAUUGAUUUACCUUGCGGAUAAACAAAACCCAGAUUUGCAUCUUGACAGCCUCCCUAUGAUCAGAUCCAUCCUGGAAUCCACUCUACAGCUUGACCCCGGGAAGCGUCAUCUGGACAAAGUCAUUCACCUAUUAUCUAGCCGGUACUCUCAACCCACGCCUUUUUAG